AUGCCAACCUGCCACCAUCCACCUGGGAGCCAACCAGCCACCAUCCACCUGGGAGCCAACCAGCCACCAUCCACCUGGCAGCCAACCUGCCACCAUCCACCUGGCAGCCAACCAGCCACCAUCCACCUGGCAGCCAACCUGCCACCAUCCACCUGGCAGCCAACCUGCCACCAUCCACCUGGCAGCCAACCUGCCACCAUCCACCUGGGAGCCAACCUGCCACCAUCCACCUGGCAGCCAACCAGCCACCAUCCACCUGGCAGCCAACCUGCCACCAUCCACCUGGCAGCCAACCUGCCACCAUCCACCUGGCAGCCAACCUGCCACCAUCCACCUGGCAGCCAACCUGCCACCAUCCACCUGGCAGCCAACCUGCCACCAUCCACCUGGGAGCCAACCUGCCACCAUCCACCUGGGAGCCAACCUGCCACCAUCCACCUGGCAGCCAACCUGCCACCAUCCACCUGGCAGCCAACCUGCCACCAUCCACCUGGCAGCCAACCUGCCACCAUCCACCUGGGAGCCAACCUGCCACCAUCCACCUGGCAGCCAACCAGCCACCAUCCACCUGGCAGCCAACCUGCCACCAUCCACCUGGCAGCCAACCUGCCACCAUCCACCUGGCAGCCAACCUGCCACCAUCCACCUGGCAGCCAACCUGCCACCAUCCACCUGGCAGCCAACCUGCCACCAUCCACCUGGGAGCCAACCUGCCACCAUCCACCUGGGAGCCAACCUGCCACCAUCCACCUGGCAGCCAACCUGCCACCAUCCACCUGGCAGCCAACCUGCCACCAUCCACCUGGCAGCCAACCUGCCACCAUCCACCUGGCAGCCAACCUGCCACCAUCCACCUGGGAGCCAACCUGCCACCAUCCACCUGGCAGCCAACCUGCCACCAUCCACCUGGCAGCCAACCUGCCACCAUCCACCUGGCAGCCAACCUGCCACCAUCCACCUGGCAGCCAACCUGCCACCAUCCACCUGGCAGCCAACCUGCCACCAUCCACCUGGGAGCCAACCUGCCACCAUCCACCUGGCAGCCAACCUGCCACCAUCCACCUGGCAGCCAACCUGCCACCAUCCACCUGGCAGCCAACCUGCCACCAUCCACCUGGGAGCCAACCUGCCACCAUCCACCUGGCAGCCAACCUGCCACCAUCCACCUGGCAGCCAACCUGCCACCAUCCACCUGGGUGCCAACCAGCCACCAUCCACCUGGGAGCCAACCUGCCACCAUCCACCUGGGUGCCAACCAGCCACCAUCCACCUGGGUGCCAACCAGCCACCAUCCACCUGGGUGCCAACCAGCCACCAUCCACCUGGGAGCCAACCUGCCACCAUCCACCUGGGUGCCAACCAGCCACCAUCCACCUGGGUGCCAACCUGCCACCAUCCACCUGGGAGCCAACCUGCCACCAUCCACCUGGGAGCCAACCUGCCACCAUCCACCUGGGAGCCAACCAGCCGCCAUCCACCUGGGAGCCAACCUGCCACCAUCCACCUGGGAGCCAACCUGCUACCAUCCACCUGGGAGCCAACCUGCCACCAUCCACCUGGCAGCCAACCUGCCACCAUCCACCUGGGUGCCAACCUGCCACCAUCCACCUGGGAGCCAACCUGCCCUCUCAUCCACUUAACCCGGUGAGCAGAAAGGUGACAGGAAAGUUUUCUACCGUGUGUGUAUAG